GGCGUUCCCGCGGCCUCUUCUAAGACGGCACGCCGUCUAUACAUGAGGCUCGCUCGUCCCCACCUUCAAGGGCAGGACACUGCCUGCAACGACGUACCCGAGGGUCAAUUACAGCAGAAUAGCGCUCCCUGACACCGUUCGGAGUCGCCAGUCCUGCUUUUGCUAGUCCUAUUCGCGAUAAUGACCCGAUUUCAGCUGUACUGUGUCUCUCUCCUCACCUUGUUUCUGGCGAACUCUUGGGCGUAUAUCCCUGCGCUUCCAACAAAUAACAGUGAUCCGGGCAUCCAAGGCAACUCACCAAACACCUCGGACACCUCGUCUCACUUGAAUCUGCAUUGGUACCCUUUAGGAUCGUAUACGCAAAAUGUUUCCUACCAGUUGGUAAAGAAUGGAAGCGACGGAUUUAGUCAGGGCGCGCUUGUGCACUUCUCGGAAGAGAUAGUGACGAACGAUACGACUGUUACGCCUUGGAUAGCCCUCGUUGCUUGUGAUGUCAACGCCACGAACGCAUCGAUGGAGGAUGAUAUAUUCACACUUGCUCGGGAUCGGGGAGCUGUUUCCGCUUUGCUGUAUUCCAAGUACUCCAAGGCUUGCAUCAUCAACAGUGAAUACGCGGACCCUGCCAACUUCGAACAAGUCUUGGAUAUUUACUCUACAAUCGAUCUUGCGUCUGCACGACUGAUCGAGGAGCGCUUUCUGGGCGUAAAUCAGUCGCUCUACAGCAACUGGAAUGCUUCUCGUCUGAAUUCAUCCUCGAAUAUCAUCCAAGAAGCGAUUGAGACCGGGAACGUGGAGGAACCGACUUAUCUCCUAGCCACUCUUACCGCCUACAAUGCAACGGAGGGGUCGACGACGACAAGUAGUGGCAUCGCGGCGAGCUCAACAACAGCUGGUGGUCACAAACAUGCCACAACGAGCUUGGCGAUGGUAAUCCUUUAUGCUAUCACUGGCGUCGUAUCGGCCCUGUUCUGCGUCGUGAUCAUAUCAGGGGCCAUUCGCGCUGUCAGGCACCCAGAACGGUACGGCCCACGCUCAGCACGUCCGGGGCACCAUGGAGGUCUUCCGGGGCAGACUCGCACACAGGGCCUUACCCGCGCCUUCCUGGACACAUUCCCCGUCAUUAAAUGGCGACCACAAGGUGCAGAACCCGGGCCCGACUCCUCCGACUCUGACGCAAAACCUCUCGAUGUCGAGGGCAGCACGCCCGUUGUCGCGCACCUACACAACUCAAUAAGGCAAGGACACACGAGGGGAGGUGGCGGGUCCAGCGAUCUAGGGCACGCCGUAGAACUUGCUGAAUGGAAGAUCGCGGACGCUUACUUAGAGCAUGGGACGAGAAGCGUGGACAGUCACGGGGAUCGUUCACCCUCAUCCUCUACCAGUAGCCGUCCUAUACCCGCGCUCAACCAGGCUGUUGAAGUCCAUAGCGCCGAGGUCGUGCCUCCCGCGCGCCCACGUCCGUCAAGGCAGCCCUCCACCAAACAAAGUAACGAUCCGGUCAUGCCGGAUGCCAUCGGGCGCGAGACGUGCCCCAUCUGCAUCGUGGACUUCGAGGAGGGCGACGAUCUACGCGUCUUACCUUGUGCAGGACAUCAUCGGUUCCAUCAAUACUGUGUGGACCCUUGGUUACUCGAACUAUCGAGCUCUUGCCCUAUAUGCCGGCAAGACUUCCUCGCCCUAGAAGCGAUAAUGUCGGGUGGUGAUGCCCACGAGGAACUUGAACCACCCCACGCACAUUUUGCUUCAAAUUCAGGCGGCGAGAACCGAUCCUCCUUCGCACAGCGCUUCUCGCGCUACGUUCGGAACGCGCGCAGGAGGAGGCAGACACGACCCAGAAGCGAAGGGCGCCAUCCCGAGGGGCACGACGCCCAAAUUAUGGACACUAUCGUUUGAUGCUAUCUCCGCUCGUUAUUCUAUCCCUAUCGUCCCUCAUAGUAGACCUACCAUGCACGCCAUAUCUCGCUCGAUUUCUCCCGUCCUUGCAUUGCAUCUUCAGCUCCUGUAUUU